AUGGAUAUAACAGCUCGUGCUGGUGGGGAGACGGGUGCUACAUCCUCCUUGUUCACAGCAGUGAAGAAAUGUUCCUGUUGGGAGCCCGCAGUCCCACAGAUUUUAAUGUUCGGCAUCGCCUGCUAUUGUGAUGCCGUCACAUGCAGGAAAGAGCACGGAGGAGCCACAGAGCUCAUCGAGUGGGGCGACAGUGAUAACGUACAGAAGAUUUCCCCCACGGGGGCCAGUCCACGGAUCCUCAACCCCCUGCGUUUGUUUGCCAGGGGGUCCCCCGGGUUCAAGAGCAACAUGAGGGAAAUAACAUAUUUACAGAACACGGAGGACUUCUGGGACUGGUUAUCUAACCAGACAGAUGCUCAGGGUGCACAGGCCAGAACUAAACGCAGGCCCAUCGUCAAGACUGGCAAGUUCAAGAAGAUGUUUGGUUGGGGGGACUUCCACUCCAACAUCAAGACUAUUAAACUCAACCUGCUGAUCACGGGGAAGAUCGUAGACCAUGGGAACGGCACUUUUAGCGUUUACUUCCGCCACAACUCCACGGGCCUGGGGAACGUGUCGGUCAGCCUGGUGCCACCCUCCAAGGUGGUGGAGUUUGAGAUCGCCCAGCAGUCCACGCAGGAGACCAAAGACACCAAAACAUUCAACUGUCGCAUUGAGUACGAGAAGACGGACCGCAACAAGAAGACUGCCCUGUGCAGCUUCGACCCGUCCAAGGUGUGCUACCAGGAGCAGACGCAGAGCCACGUGUCUUGGCUGUGCUCGAAGCCCUUUAAAGUCAUAUGCAUCUAUAUAGCCUUUUACAGUGUAGACUACAAACUGGUGCAGAAGGUAUGCCCUGACUACAACUAUCAUAGUGACACACCCUACUCCUCCACAGGAUGA